AGCAGGUCAGCCCUGAAAGCUUCACCUCCAGAUACAACCCCUUCCCCUUUUCUCCAACCUGAUGAUUAAGAACUCCAGGGUGCCUGGGUUCAGCGGCACUGCAACCCCUCAGCUCUUCUUUGGAGCAGCCGUGGUUUCCAUGGGAUGCAGAGGGCUUCCUGCUUGGAAAGGCAUUACAGCUGGGGGUCUGGAGAUCCCCUACGCCUGCCGUGGGGAGAACAGAGGCCCCAGAGGAAAUAUCUGGGCAUGUGUUUUCGUGGAAUAGCUGGUUUUGAAAUUCCAGCCUCGCUUCAGAACACGGCCUAGCUUCCCUCUGCGAUCCGAAAGGUCUCCUUCGACAAGGGUGUGAGGAUUCUGGCAAACUUGCACCAUUGUCUGUAACGGUGGGCCGGCUGCGUCCCCACCCAGAUCGCGCCUCCAAUUGUAAUGGAAUCCCCACCUGUGACGGGCGGGGCCCGGCGGAGGAAAUGGCAUCAUGGGAGCGGUGAGCCGCGUACUGUUCUCGCGAUAGUCAGUGUGGUCUCACGAGAUCGGCUAUAAAAGGAAGUUCCGGGGCACGAGCGCGUUUGCCUGCCGCCAGGUGAGAUAUGGCUGGUGUGUUCCGCUCUGAUUGUGAGGCCUUCGCCAACCACGAGACGCUAACCUCCGCUUCCCACUCAGAAAGUUUUCCUGGUAAACACUUGAAUUUCCAAUCCAUGUGGUUCCUUCUAGUCACUUUCCUGUCCUGUGGACCCGGAAUGCAGCAGCUCAUCCGUUUCACCUGGGUGGCUUUCAGAGCACUUCUGGUGGAAUUUUUAUUCUGUGACCUGGCUUCCAUGAUGUCCAUCCGGGAGUUUGUCCGGAAGUUCAAGAUGAAGAAGAUUCCUCUCCAUGUUCUGGUCAACAAUGCUGGGGUGAUGAUGGUCCCUCAGAGGAAAACCAGAGAUGGAUUCGAAGAACAUUUCGGCCUGAACUACCUGGGGCACUUCCUGCUGACCAACCUUCUCCUGGAUACGCUGAGAGAGUCCGGGUCCCCUGGCCACAGUGCGAGGGUGGUCACCGUCUCCUCCGCCACCCAUUACGUCGCUGAGCUGAACAUGGACGACCUUCAGAGCAGUGCCUGCUACUCAGCCCACGCAGCGUACGCCCAGAGCAAGCUGGCCCUCGUCCUGUUCACCUACCACCUCCAGCGGCUGCUGGCGGCCGAGGGAAGCCACGUGACCGCCAACGUGGUGGACCCUGGGGUGGUCCACACGGACCUCUAUCAGCAUGUGUUCUGGGGCACCCGUCUGGUCAUGAAGCUUUUCAGCUGGUUGCUUUUCAAGACCCCUGAUGAGGGAGCGUGGACUUCCAUCUACGCAGCGGUCACCCCAGAGCUGGAAGGAGUUGGUGGCCGUUACCUGUACAACGAGAAAGAGACCAAGUCCCUCCACGUCACCUACAACCAGAAACUGCAGCAGCAGCUCUGGUCUAAGAGUUGUGACAUGACUGGGGUCCUUGAUGUGACCCUGUGAUAUCCUGUCUCAGGAUAGUUGCUGUCCCUAGAAAUACAUUGCACCUGUCAGUGGCUUGUGGGUCUGUGAAGACUGCAGUGUUUGAGUUUCUCACACCCACCUGCCCACAGGGCUCUGUCCUCUAGUUUUGAGACAGCUGCCUCAACUUCUGCAGAACUUCAAGAAGCCAAAGAAACAUUUUAGGGGAUAAUCACCCCAGGUGGUCCUCAACCAUAAACCUUGUGAUUCCAAAGUGCCCAAUUAUCACAGGUGCCACAAAUAAUUACAUUUUCCAACACAAAUGUGCC